AAGGCUGCGGGUGGCAGUGAGGUCAGCGGCGUCGCUGGGAGCCACCAGCACGUGGCGGGAAGGGGCGGCGCGCGCUAGCUGUCGGCUCCCGGGAGCGGCAGGAGGCCUUCGCGCCUCCAGUCGUGUUGCCCUCCCGACAUGCCCGAGGAGGCGGGCUUCCCGCCGGCCAAGAGAUUCCGGCCGGGCGCCGGGCCUCCGAGGCGCGCCGGGUCCUGCCCUCCCGGGCGGCGGGUGGUGAUGCUGCUGGCCGCGGGCGGCGGCGGCGGCGGAGGAGGCCGGAGGCAGCAGCCGCCCCUGGCCCAGCCCUCGGCCAGCCCCUACCCUGAGGCCGUGGAGCUGCAGCGCCGGAGUCUGCCCAUCUUCCAGGCGCGGGGGCAGCUGUUGGCCCAGCUCCGAAACCUGGACAGCGCCGUCCUCCUCGGGGAAACCGGCUCUGGGAAGACGACGCAGAUCCCUCAGUACCUGUAUGAAGGGGGGAUUGGCCGCCAGGCCGUCAUUGCCGUGACCCAGCCUCGUCGAGUAGCUGCUAUCUCUCUGGCUACCAGAGUCUCAGACGAGAAGAGAACCGAACUCGGGAAGCUGGUUGGCUACACGGUGCGCUUCGACGAUGUCACCUCGGAGGACACCAAGAUCAAGUUCCUGACGGACGGCAUGCUUCUGCGCGAGGCCAUUUCAGACUCCCUGCUUCGGAAGUACAGCUGCGUCAUUUUGGAUGAAGCCCAUGAACGGACUAUCCACACGGAUGUGCUCUUUGGGGUGGUGAAAGCUGCACAGAAGAGGCGAAAGGAGCUGGGGAAGCUGCCUCUCAAAGUGAUUGUGAUGUCGGCCACGAUGGACGUGGACCUGUUCUCCCAGUAUUUCAGCGGAGCCCCCGUCCUCUACUUGGAGGGCCGGCAGCACCCGAUCCAAAUUUUCUACACCAAGCAGCCCCAGCACGAUUACCUGCAUGCGGCCCUGGUCUCCGUCUUCCAGAUCCACCAGGAAGCCCCCUGCUCUCAGGACAUCCUCGUGUUCCUCACCGGGCAGGAGGAGAUCGAAGCCAUGAGCAAGACCUGCCGGGACAUUGCCAAACACCUCCCAGACGGCUGCCCCUCCAUGCUGGCCCUUCCGCUCUACGCCUCCCUGCCCUACGCCCAGCAGCUGCGCGUCUUCCAGGGGGCCCCGAAGGGCUGUCGCAAAGUGAUCAUUUCAACCAACAUCGCUGAAACCUCCAUAACCAUUACAGGAAUAAAAUAUGUAGUUGACACGGGCAUGGUUAAAGCAAAGAAGUAUAACCCCGAGUUCGUUCAUGUGAUGAGCAAAGCUCUAACACGGGCCAUUCUCCCACCAGACAGUGGCCUGGAGGUGUUAGCUGUGCAGCGGGUGUCAAAGACCCAGGCCUGGCAACGCACCGGACGGGCUGGCAGAGAGGAUAGUGGUGUCUGUUACCGGCUCUACACGGAGGAUGAGUUUGAGAAGUUUGAGAAGAUGACGGUGCCAGAGAUCCAAAGGUGUAACCUGACGAGCGUGACGCUGCAGCUUCUCGCAAUGAAAGUCCCAGAUGUGCUCACCUUUGACUUCAUGUCCAAACCGUCUCCAGAUCACAUUCAGGCAGCCAUCGCCCAGCUGGAGCUGUUGGGUGCCCUUGAAAACAAGGACGGCCAGCUCACCCUGACUCCAAUAGGAAGAAAGAUGGCGGCUUUCCCGUUAGAACCCAAAUUUGCCAAAACCAUCCUCCUGUCCCCCAAAUUCCACUGCACGGAGGAGAUACUGACCAUCAUCUCCCUGCUGUCAGUGGACAGCGUUCUCUACAACCCCCCCUCCCGGCGGGAUGAAGUGCAGGCUGUGCGGAAGAAGUUCAUAUCCAGCGAGGGCGAUCACAUCACCCUGCUUAACAUCUACCGGGCCUUCAAGAACACAGGCAGAAACAAGGAUUGGUGCAAAGAGAAUUUUGUCAACAGCAAGAAUAUGAUGCUGGUAGCUGAAGUCAGAUCACAGCUGAGGGAUAUCUGCUUCAAGAUGUCCAUGCCGAUCGUGUCGUCGCGAGGGGACACAGAGAGCGUCCGCCGCUGCCUGGCGCACAGCCUCUUCGUGAGCACCGCCGAGCUGCAGCCCGACGGCUCCUAUGCCACCACGGACACCCACCAGCCGGUGGCCAUCCACCCCUCGUCCGUCCUCUUCCACUGCAAGCCGGCCUGCGUCGUGUACACGGAGCUGCUCUGCACCAACAAGUGCUACAUGCGCGACCUGUGCGUGGUGGACGCCGAGUGGCUGUACGAGGCUGCCCCCGACUUCUUCAGGAGGAAGCUCAGGGCCUCCAGGAGCUGAGGCGCCCGGGGCGGGGGCUGGGCCGCAGCCGGCCUCGCCGCGGGCUCUCACGCCGGCACCCAGAGGGGCCGCGGUCGUAACGGGCGGAUCGUGCCCGGCCUCUGGGAGCUUGCAGCAUCUUUGUCUAAACUCCUCUGACUGAACCACACAGACAUGUAGCGACCUUGGAGACUUCAAAAUGAUGCUUUCAGUUCUUGCUGGGCGACUUUGGGUGACUUAGUUCACUUCUGAGCCUCGGUUUCCCUGUCUGCCAAGUGGGGGGUGAUAAUAAUAAUACUUACAGGGUUGGGGUCAUGAGGUUUAGAGCAAAUGAAAGGAAAGUACCCAGAGCUGUGCCUGCCCACGAUAACCACGCCGUGGAUCGUGAGCCGUGGAGCUCGGUUGGUGUUACUGCUUUUCUACACGAUGUGAAUCAGGUGCAACAAAACCCCCUGAGUUCUCGAGACUGAGGGGGAUCGCCUGGAAAGGGCACCACCAGAGGUCACAGAGCUGUUGACCUUGGAUCUAUUUUAACUUCUAUCUGCAUGAAGUUUUAUAACAGAAAACAGAAGAGAUUAACUUCUGUUUCAGGAGGGAGGUGCUUUGGGACCAUAAACACUUGAGCCUAAGGAGUGUCUCUGAGCUGAGCUUAAGGCAUUUCUCCUCUGGCCCUGCGGGUGGGCGGAGGUGAGGACACAGGCAGCUUUGGCUCAUCCAUCACCUCAUCUAGUGUUUAAGUUCUUUUAUCUUAUUUAUUUCCUAUGAUCAUUUUUCCUUCUUAGGGACCUGGGGACAGCCUGGCUUUGCCACUCACCCCUCUCUAGCCCUCAUUUUCCACAUUUGUCAGAGGGGAUUAGAGGGUCUCCACAGUCUCUUCCUGUUUUCAUAUUUUGAGGAGGGAAAAGCCACCAAAAGUCCUUCUUAGCUAUUUAAUUAUCAAAAGCAAAUAGUCUUUCCCCAGAGAAUGCUAUGCCCUAGAAGACGCCAAGAUUUAGCCCUUUUAUUGUGCUUAAUUGGUCAAAACACACAUGUGCAGUAUUUUGGUUAUUCCUUUAUUUAAUAGAGGCCUAGGAUGUUUACGGUUCAAAAGGUAUUGGUAAAAGAAAAUAUUGUAUUUUUAAUAAAAUGUUCAAAAGGUAUUGGUAAAAGAAAAUAUUGUAUUUUUAAUAAAACGUUCAUCAUGCUGGUAGAAAAUUGGGAGUGGGGUAAUUUGUUAUGUUCCUCAGCAAAUUAUAUAGAGGUAUUCUCUGGGGCAAGUAAAAUUUAGCUUUUAAUCAUUUAUGUCCAGCUCAAGUACCUGAACCAUUUCAGGAAAUGUAUAUUUUUUCUGAGCAGGAAUAAGGGGUAAAUAGCUUCUGUGUUUCUGUACAAAAAUAUAUUUAUCACUAACAUUCUGGUAGAGUUUUCAUACAGUAGUUUUUUAUUGGGCUUUUUAAAAAGUUAACUUUUAACAUAGCUGCUCAGGGAUUAAAUCAGAUUGGAAAAGCCGGUCUGACUCUCCAUAUUACUACAAAGAAAUACAUGGUUGUUUACAUUGAGCUGCAGGGCAUAGAUAAGUACACUUCAGACUUUCUUAAGAAAGUUAAAUGUUUCACAAUGAUGUUGCAGUCUAACCUUGAGCUACUCUUUUCAAUCCUACAAUCUCCAGUGGUGUGCCACCUUUUUUCCAGCCUGUGAAAUCCAUAUCUAGGUGAAUCACUAGCUCCCUUGAGCAGCUUCAUGUAAAUAGAUGCACUCCAAGCAGAUCACAUGCCUCAGAUGUUUGUCUUCUGCUUCUAGUAAUCAUGGAGUGUGAAACCUCCAGAGCAGCAUAGAUCUAAGAACUGCCAACACCCAGUUCUUGGUAAAAACCUUUGGUAAAGAGAUGCCAGAAUGGAGACAAGUUUUUGCUCUGUGGAUAAGACUGAUUAUGUACUGUGAUGCAUAAAUCCAUUUAAUCCAGCUGUCAAGAAAUGCUUAGAACUGUGGCCAGGCAUCUAAGAUACCAUUCCUUGUGCGUAGAAGGAAACACUGCACCUAUGGGAAAGCAAGAAUUUUAUUAUAUUUUAUUUGAUCAGAAUAUUAUAACUGGCAGCAAAAAAAAAUCUAGUUGGUUCAGGUUUAUGUUGUAUUUUGAGAGUCUGUUCUUGUUCAAAGAGAGAUAGCUCUAAAGAAGCACGGGCUCUUGUAUAUAAUGCUCAAAUUUGCACCUGACUAUCAAAUCCAUUAAAAGUGAAUCUUGUA